AUGAAUCAAGGCGCACAAAACGCGAUGAAUGGCUACCACCCAAAUACUGGCGCGUCUAGCUCAAACUCUUACCAGGACUUUCCUCCCCCAAUGAAUACAAAUCAACAACAUUUUUUCCCUGGCAAUAUAGGCGUGCAUCACCAGCCUCAACCCGUUCAUCACAUGGCACAGAAUUGGAAUCCCCCACCCCCAAUAGAUCCUCGACAUCAACUACCGCCUCAACAACUCCCGUUUAAUCAAUCUCCCUGGCCGAAUCAGAUGAAUCCUCAGCCAUUUCCGAAUGGAAUGCCUAUGGCCGGAUUCAACUUGCCCUUUCUUCCCCACCAGGUGCUACAAGACGCGUUCGCUUUGUCAGCUCCCGUCGAGGCAGCGGACGAGUCUAGUCUCGUUCAGACUCUCUUGAGUAGCAAACGCAAGGGAGAAACUUACAAAGAGGCGUUGAACAGCCUCCAUGGGAAAAAUAGUCACUCGGCUAGCCUUUGGAAGGACUAUUAUCUGGACCAUAAAGAUCGUUUGGAUGCGUGGAUUGCGAUGUGUUUGCAAAAAGAAAAGAGCCAAGUUGCAAUGCCCAAAGAAGCUCAUCGACCACAUGUCGCGGAAAAGGAGCUAUCCCGGUCAUCGAUUAAAACCACGAAAAAACCUUCCCCGGCAUCAUUCAAACUGGAGCAAUCCCCGGGCUUUCCUUCAUCGGUUUCGGUUUCCGUCCCUGCAAAACGACCAAGGCAUUCUGAACACUCAACGCCGCCUAUUCAGUUACCUCAGCCUUCAGGCAGUCGUAGAAGUACCAUCAACAGCUUGACCGCUCCCACCGCAGUCUUUGGUGGCCGUCUACCGGCACCUAAUUCCGAAAUCAAAAUCCCCGAUCCCCCCUCACGGUCACCAAGCCCUCCUACCAUAGUCAUACCCAAGGGAAGAGGCAACAAGUACACGCAGGAGGACCGCGACUUUUUCAUUCGUUUUGUGGGAUGGAGGCUCAAAGGCGAUCCGUCACUAACAAGAAAUGAUAUUUGUAACCUACUGGCAGAGAAGGCUCCUCAUCAUACUGCCCAGUCUUGGGCAUCGCAUUGGUCAAAUAAUCAUGACAUUCCUGACAAGAUUCUCGCGGCUGCGCAGGGUGACGACUACGAAUCUGGCAGCGAGACGGAAGCUAAACAAGAGAACGUUGUAACUAGACGGAAACCAACCUAUCGUGAUUUAAGUACAGAUGAAGAGUCGGAAGAAUCAGGCUCCGAAAACGAAGGUCCAGAGGGUCAGUCUGAGGAGGACGACGAAGACGACGAGGAGGAUGAUGGCGUACCCCCCCGCCAUUGGGAGGAACGCCACAUGGGAACGAAAGGUAGUCCCUUCACUGAAGCUGACCUUUAUGUGACUGCCCAAUAUAUUGUCUCCUUUCCGAAUUGGGACGAGGCGACAGCCAAGGACAGAUGGACACCAUUUAGCGAAAAGUUUCCUCAACGUUCUGCAAAGUCGUGGGGAGAAUAUUAUCGCAGAUAUGAGCGCGACAUUACGAAGCUUGUGCGUAAGAUUCGCAAACUAAGAGUUGGUGAAUCUUCUGCAAUCCACACACAAUGCGCACGACCGACUCGUACACCACCCCGGAUGAAACGAAAAUUUCACAUGGGCGAUGACGGCUCAACAGGCAUUCUGGAUCGAGCGAAGCGCGCAAAGGAUGAGCCUGAGUCGUAA